UGGGACGUAAAGGGCGGCGUUUUUAAAAUUAGAUGUGCUCCUCUUGAUUCUGUAAGAGAUACUCACAUACAGACUGCAACAUGUACACGCGAUGCUGUUUCAUCUAUAUGCUGAUACCAUUAUUAGAUACAGCCUCUCUACAUCAGAUAGUUGAAGGCACUGAAGGAGACUCCAUCAUCCUACCAUGCACUCACCGACGACUUGCCCAUGAAGGAAAACGAUUGACAGUCCACUGGAGACACAACGACACCAGGAACGUCUACGAUAUCAUCCACGGCAGGAACUCUGUAAAGGAACAACAUCCAGCAUACAACGACAGAGCUGAAGUGUUACAUAAAAGACUAGAGAAGGGCCACAUUGAACUCAAACUCACCAACCUGCAUCUCUCAGACACUGGAACAUACCUGUGCUUCGUCCCCGAUGCCAGAGUUGAAGACAGUACACAGCUGCUGGUCAGAGAAAGACAAUCACCUAAAUACGCAGCAGUUCAAUUAAGAAGCCACGGCACAGGAACAACACAAGGCAGAACUCUCCACAUCAUAAUUCCUCUAUCUGGACUCAUUCAUUCAUUCUUUUUCUUUUCGGCUUACUCCCUUUAUUAAUCUGGGGUCACCACAGCGGAAUGAACCGCCAACUUAUCCAGCAUGUGUUUUACACAGCUGAUGCCCUUCCUGCUGCAACCCAUCACUGGGGAACAUCCAUACACUUAUUUACACACAUACACUACGGACAGUUUAGCUUACCCAUGGGGAGAACAUGCAAACUCCACAAAGAAAUGCUGAUCCAGCUCGAACCAGUGACCUUUUUGCUGUGAGAAGAUUGUGCUACCCACUGCGCCACCAUGAUAACAUUAUUGUAAUAUAAUGUAAUAUAAUUUAUAUAUUUUUUACAUUAUUUCUUACUAAAGUGCAUAUUGUAUUGAAAAAA